GCCCGAGGGGCCGGCGACGGCUGCGAGCGCGGAGGGUGAGCCCGGAGGGCGGGUCACGCCGCAGGUGGUAGACCCGCCAGGCCGGGCCCCGCUUCCGAGCCCUCCCCGGCUCCGCCGAGAUGGGGGGCGGGGCCGGGGCGCGCGAGGGUCUUCCGCGCGCGCGCGCCGCACGCUCGCGCUCGGUCUAGGGUAGCGCGGGGCGGUCUCGGCCGGCGGCGCGCGCGCUGGGUGUGAGCGGGGAUGCGCGCGCGCGCACGGUAGCCGAGCGAGGGAGCGAGGAGCGGCCGGGUGGGUGUGUGGGAGUGUGUGCGUGGGAGUGGGGAGAGGAAGAGCCGGGCCGACCGCGAGGCUCAGAAAGGGGGCGAGUGUGCCCGGGCGCCUGGCCUGGCGGUGGGACCCGCGGCGGCGGCGACGGCCGCAGAGAAAGGAGGCGGCUCCUGCCAUCCCGACGCCCUCCCCUCCUCCUCAGACUUCCAGCCGCUCGGCGGCCCGCGUUCCCCUCAGAGGCCCUGGCCCAGCUCAGCUGGCUGCGAGGCGAGGGAGGAGCCGCCCGAGCCAGAAAGAGUUUACAUUAAGGAGAAAAUAAUCCAGGAAAAGGAAGAACAAGCAGAUCAAGAUGUGUAGCUCUGUGGCUGCCAAGUUGUGGUUUUUGACAGAUCGUCGAAUAAGGGAAGACUAUCCCCAAAAAGAGAUCUUACGAGCAUUAAAGGCCAAAUGUUGUGAGGAGGAACUGGACUUCAGGGCUGUGGUGAUGGAUGAGGUGGUGCUGACAGUUGAGCAAGGAAACCUGGGUCUGCGGAUCAGUGGAGAGCUAAUUACUGCCUAUCCUCAGGUGGUGGUAGUGAGAGUGCCAACCCCUUGGGUGCAAAGUGAUAGUGACAUCACUGUGUUGCGCCAUCUAGAGAAGAUGGGAUGCCGGUUAAUGAACCGGCCCCAGGCCAUCCUUAACUGUGUUAAUAAGUUCUGGACAUUUCAAGAGUUGGCUGGUCAUGGUGUUCCUCUGCCAGAUACUUUCUCUUAUGGUGGUCAUGAAAAUUUCGCUAAAAUGAUUGAUGAAGCAGAAGUUUUGGAGUUCCCAAUGGUAGUGAAGAAUACACGAGGCCAUAGAGGUAAAGCUGUUUUCUUAGCUCGAGAUAAGCACCAUUUGGCUGAUCUAAGUCAUCUUAUCCGCCAUGAAGCCCCAUACCUGUUCCAGAAGUAUGUUAAAGAGUCUCAUGGACGGGAUGUACGUGUCAUUGUUGUGGGAGGCCGUGUGGUUGGCACCAUGUUACGCUGUUCAACAGAUGGGAGGAUGCAAAGCAACUGCUCACUAGGUGGUGUGGGGAUGAUGUGCUCAUUGAGUGAACAAGGGAAGCAGCUAGCGAUCCAGGUGUCUAAUAUCCUGGGGAUGGAUGUGUGUGGCAUUGACCUGUUGAUGAAAGAUGACGGCUCCUUCUGUGUCUGCGAGGCCAAUGCAAAUGUAGGUUUCAUCGCCUUUGAUAAGGCUUGUAAUCUAGAUGUAGCUGGUAUCAUAGCGGACUAUGCCGCCUCCCUUCUGCCCUCUGGCCGGCUCACCCGGCGUAUGUCCCUGCUCUCCGUGGUGUCCACGGCCAGUGAGACUAGUGAGCCGGAGCUGGGUCCCCCAGCCAGCACUGCUGUUGACAACAUGAGCGCGAGUUCCAGCUCUGUUGACAGCGACCCUGAAAGCACCGAGCGAGAGCUGCUCACCAAGCUCCCAGGGGGCCUGUUCAACAUGAACCAGCUGCUAGCCAAUGAAAUCAAACUCCUGGUGGACUGACUCCACCAGUAAAUAAUUAAGCAACAAAACCCUUGUAAAACUCACUUUCUUCUUCCUUUUAUUCUUUUUAACCAACUUGCAAUGCUGUUCAUGAAAGGUGCUCAGGAAGAUGAGAGAAAAUUGAGUAGAUUAGGAGAGAAGAAGGGGGAGAUAGUAACAUCUUAAUAGCAGAGAUAUCACCUGACUCAUUUACAGAUCCUACCGACAGGCAGAAGUGGUGAGAUACAGAAAAAUGUCAGGCUCUUGUAGUUAUCCCUUUAAAUUAUUAAAAAAUAUGUGUGCUCCCAGGACAUGAAGAACAUAUAAUUUUUUUAUGGCUCCUUGCUUUUGUUUUUGUGUAGUUGGUACAAAUUUCAGAGUAGAAAACCUAACGUUGUGUUGCAAAGAUUUGUAAUGGGUGAGGGAAACAUCUACGUAAAUUGGAGGAAUUUUUAAAAUAUGAAUCUGAAAAUUCUGCCUUAAUCAUAUUAACUAGGAGCUUUAUGUUCAUAGUUGGUGAAAUCUUGAGUUGUUCGUAAUUGGGAUUUAUAAUUUUUGUUUCUUGUUUUCUCCCCUAAUUUGGGUGAGAAGGCAACAUAAUUAUAACCCAAUAAAUUUUUUUAGUGACAAAAUUGGCAUGAUUUCACGAUAAAAACGAAAUGAACAGUAUUGCAAUGUUUGGUGCACAAAAACAUUUAAUCCAAUGUAGAUAAAAUUAUAGUAGUUUAAAAUAUGUGCAUUGACUUGUAUUUGUUAGUGUUUUAGUCUUUUUUUGAAAGAUACAUGCUCUGUUAAUGUUGCUUUUUUUUUUUAAAUACAUGCUAGUCUAACAUUCCCUGAUCUAUGCCUGCAUCUUUAACAAUGGCCAAAGUGAAGAAAAUGCUAUCUUUUUUGUUAGCAAGACACUGACUUGAAACAUGUCCAUUUUAAAGCCUUUUCUUUUUUCUUUUUUUCUUUUGGUGGUUGGGCAUUUAAGUAUAAGGACGAGGAAAAUUAUUUUUGGGUGUCAAAUCAAGGGCCUAUAAGAUCUUAAGUAUAAAGCUGAAGUGAUUUCUAAUACCAGCAUUAUAUAUUGCAUUUUUCAUAUAUUAGGAGGGAGUAUAUAUGUGUGUGUGUGUGUGCACGCAUGCAUGUGUAUGUGUUUUUGCUUUUUGUUUACACCAACCAAUCAAAAAGGAUAGAUUCUAGAAAGUGAAGCAUGAUGGGAAUAGUUUUUUCUUUAAAAAACAGAUGAGGAGUUUUCAUAACUAUACUCCACUGGGAUACAGGUACUCACCUAAAGACAUAAGGAUAUAGAUGCUUCUUAGCCUUUUUGUGUAUAUGUAUGUUGUUUGGUUUUUUCUUUGGUUCUAGACUGUUCUGUGUAUGAUUUAUUCAAAGCUACAUGCUUUUCUAUGCUUCUGGCUGCGCAUUUUCUCCAAUUACAUGUAGAUUUUGGGGUGGGGUGGACUGGACAUUUUUGUUUGGGGACUUGUGUAGCAGUAUUGAGUCUCUUAUAGCCCUCCUCUGAAGCCUUCAAUACUCUCCACUCUUUCUAUUCCUUUAAUUCCUGAAUUUAUAAAAGCCCCAAAAGUGCAUAUAUGAUGAGCCUUCAGAACAUGGGUAAAACUAUCCCUGUGAUGGGUUUGGAAGGUGUGUUAAGAAAUGGAGAUGUUCCAGAGCUCAACGUAAUUUUUUUAAACAGCAAGUUCCAUCUCCCUACAAUCCUCUGAAGCUUUUACCCAAGUCGUUUCUUGCCUCUCCAGUGCUUUUUUCCUUCAGAUGGACCUAAAACAUAAUUUCUCGGACAUUACUAGAGAGACUUUAAGGCAAUAAUAAAAGAGCAGUAUUAACCAGCUCUAAAAGAGGUUUGAUCAUGCUUACUUGUACAGUUUUUUCCCCUGCUUUAAAAAAGGAAUGUAAUAAAAUUUGUUUUUUAUUCCAUAGAAUUAAAUAAUAUUAAAAUUGAGUGAAAGGUUGAUUGUUGACAAAUAGAAUAGUACCUCUGAUCUGUGCAGUGUCUCAUUUCACCUCAGAAAAAGAUAUGUAAGAGGAGUUUCUCAUUUGUUUUAGGAUAUUCUAAACUCAGAAUUUGACUUGCACAGGGUUAUUGUGGGACCUACACACAUGCAUAAGUACCUCUGACUCAGUAACAAAAAGCCUCACACGGUACUUCAUUCACUGAAUGAACAUACUUUGGAGAGUGCACACUAUUUGGGAUAGAGAAAUAAAUGAGGAAGGAAGAACUGCUUAAUUAAAUCAUUCAUUUGUUUGUAUAGAGACCAUUUGGUUGCCACAUAGAUUAUGAUACAUGUACUUUGAAUAGUUAGAUCUCACAUGCAUAUAGGUUAAGGAAUUUUAAAAAAGCAAAUAGAACACCCUCUCUAUUUGAUGAAAAACUCAAGGCCUGUGUUGGGUGGGAUAAGGCACCAGAAAAAAAUUUAGGUAGCCUUUUCAAAAAUUUUGCAAAAUUAACCAACUUUAUUAUCAGAAAUACCUGAGAUUAUUUGACCUUUAGUUUUAUGCAGUAUUUACCCAUCUUUUGUACCUUCACACUGUAUUAAAGGAUAGCCUUACCAAACUAUUUCUGGAUCAUACACUCACGUUAGAAUGAAAAGGGCAAGAAUGGUCAUCUUAGACUCUAAAAACAAGAGUAUUUUCAAUUCCAUCAAAAACUAAGGUAAAGAAAAUGAAGAAAUCAUUCUGGAAGAACCCAAAUGAAACAGCGCAGAUAUUUAAAUGAAAGUUAAAUAUAUUUUCAUAUUGUUUAUCUUAACGUAUAAUCUUCAUUGCUUUUAUGAGAGGUAAAAAUGUGUUUAUCAAAUUUGUAUGAUCAUUAUCAUGCCAAACUCUGAAUUAUUGUAAAAUGAUGUAUUGUUAAAAUUGUAAAUUUGAAUUGUAUUUUAAAAGUACUUCUUUUGAUACUGUUUUUAUGUUACCUGUGAUGAAAACUGGACUAUGCGCACACACACACACACACACACACACACACACAAACACACGUCCAUGUACACACACAGAAAUACGAAUUAUUCCAUUUAAAAUUUUUAAUAGUUUUUUUUCCCUUUUUGGUGCCUAUACUUGAUUGGUCAUUUCUGCUGGCUUUUACUCCACUGAACUUUGAAAUAUUUCUGUAUAUGCUAUCAAUAAGAAAAUACCCUGGAACAUUAGAAAAAUCCACCAAGAGACUUCAUUUCAUCAAGCACUUUAUCAGACUUUGUCAAGGUUUGGAAGGCAUUAAAAGAAGUAAUUGACUUUCAAAAUCAUCUCUUCUUUUUCUCAAGAAGAACACAAUGGAAAAACAAAUUCUCUUCAUUCAGUGAAUCCCCAGUUUGGGGUCUGGGGAGCUUAGAGACAUUGUGAAAUCAAAUCUUGUGUUACAUUUUUCUCCUGGCUCACUCUUUUUGAGAAGGUUUAUGGGCUAUAUGGCUGGUGAGACACGAUCCCCUCCUAAGAAAAUGUAGGUGCUCAGACAGGUAACCUCUGCUGCUACUGUUUUUAUUUGUUUGUUUGUUUGUUUAAUUUCAUUUAAAAUUUGUUUUGUUGUACUAGGAUAUUUUUUAAUGUAAUAUAUUGUAGGAUUUAUAACCAGGUUCACUGCUUUCUUUCUUUUUUUUUCUUAAAAACAAAACAAAAUGAAAGUUUCAAUUAAGAUACAUGUAGGCACCUUUGGAGCUUGGAUUUUGGAAUGUUUCAGUAGUGGACAGAAAUCUGCUGUUGGAAUCUUCUGGUCUUCCAGGUUUAAUUUGAAAUGUUUUUAGUUUUGUUUUGGAUUUUUGUGUGGUAUUUUAUUUCCUUUAUACCAAUGCCCUUUGCCAUGCUGUUUUGGGGUGGCUGCCUAACUCUAGUGAAAAUUCUUUCUAUAUUAAUGAAAGUUUGAUGUUUUAAAUUCCUUAAUGUUUUACAUUUUUAAAUUGUUUUUAAAGAAAUAUUCUAACUGCUUGUACUGUUACUGUUCUUUGCCAGCCUUUUCAGGAGCCAAAAAAACAAAAACAAACAAACAAAAAAAUACCCAGAGAAAAAACUUUCCUUCUUCCCCCCUCCUGAUGAUGAGUGAGAAGUAUUGAGAACUUUCGGGGUCAGUGCCCUUCUAAACUCCCCUUCCCCCAAUAAUGCAGCUGUAUAAUGAAUGGUAAAUGCAGCGGUUUGGAUUCAGGCACAGCCCCAGCCUGCCUGCAGGUGGCGUAUGUGUUCGUGUUUUAAUGUAUUCAGAGCCCUUGGGCAUUAAGCAGUCCAGAACAUUGAAAACUCAAGCAGCAGAGAAAUAAACUGGUAGGUGGCAGCACAAGAAGGAUUUCUUCAGAUUGAUGGCUACCGACAAAAUCUGCACAGGGGAAGAGAGAGAGAGCGUUGACACCAAGAGAAGCAAAGGGGGCAAAAACUGGCAACAGGACUAAGAUUCCUGGAUUAUGACUUUAAAUGGUUCUUUUGAAGUAACCAGUGAUCCUUUUUGCUUAUUACAUCAUUCACAGAAUGGCUGAAGAUAGAUUUGACUCUGUUUUUUCAAAUGGAGGAUAGAAAUGCACAGAACAAGGAAAACAGUAGCUCUAGCCUGUUUGAUUCAGUGUGUUUUCUAAAAUAAAAACACCAGAACUGGAAAUGAAA